ACGAGCGGCCAAAACACACCCCUCGCCAAAGCCGCCACCCCCCCCUGAGCGUGUGUGAGUGAGCCCAUCCGAGAAGUUCAACCCGAAGGCUCCGGGGCAGCCAUGUUGUGUAGCUGUCAGUCCUGACUCUCUCUCCAUCUCUCUGCCCCCUCCCUCCGCUCUAUCCUUCCUCCCUAGGGAGACUGCGCGGCCCCAGCCCAGACAGAGCCGACAUCCUCCAGAGCUGCCCGAGUAACGGAGCUUGCGGGAGGGAGGAGGCGCCCUCGGAGCUCAGGCCUUCUUACAGGCAAGGACCAUCCAUUUGUGAGUUAGAAGAAAGGCAGCCGAAAAAAUGCCGAAACCGAUCAAUGUACGGGUGAUCACUAUGGACGCCGAGCUGGAAUUUGCCAUCCAGCCAAAUACAACAGGCAAACAACUCUUCGACCAGGUGGUAAAAACAGUCGGUCUGCGUGAAGUGUGGUUCUUUGGGCUUCAGUACGUGGAUAGCAAGGGUUACUCUACAUGGCUGAAGCUCAACAAAAAGGUAACACAGCAAGACGUUCGAAAAGAAAACCCUCUUCAGUUUAAGUUCAGAGCAAAGUUUUUCCCUGAGGACGUGUCCGAAGAGUUAAUUCAAGAUAUCACCCAGAGACUUUUCUUUCUGCAAGUUAAAGAAGCCUUAUUAAAUGAUGAGAUUUACUGUCCUCCUGAAACCGCCGUCUUGCUCGCUUCCUAUGCUGUUCAAGCAAAAUAUGGAGACUACAGCAAAGAGAUCCAUAAACCUGGGUACCUGGCCAAUGACAGACUACUUCCACAGCGCGUUCUGGAACAGCAUAAACUGACGAAAGAACAAUGGGAAGAAAGGAUACAGACUUGGCACGAGGAACACAGAAGCAUGUUAAGGGAAGACUCUAUGAUGGAAUAUUUGAAGAUUGCUCAGGAUCUGGAGAUGUACGGUGUGAAUUACUUUGAAAUCAAAAACAAAAAGGGAACGGAGCUCUGGCUGGGUGUUGAUGCUUUAGGUCUAAAUAUUUAUGAGCACGAUGACAAGUUGACUCCUAAAAUUGGAUUUCCCUGGAGUGAAAUCAGAAACAUUUCAUUUAAUGACAAAAAGUUUGUUAUAAAGCCGAUCGACAAAAAGGCUCCGGACUUUGUGUUUUAUGCACCCCGUUUGAGAAUCAACAAACGCAUCCUGGCUCUGUGCAUGGGAAACCACGAGCUCUAUAUGAGGAGAAGGAAACCUGACACAAUUGAAGUGCAGCAGAUGAAGGCUCAGGCUAGAGAAGAAAAGCAUCAAAAGCAGCUGGAGAGAGCACAGCUAGAAAAUGAAAAGAAGAAAAGAGAAAUAGCGGAGAAGGAGAAAGAGAGAAUAGAACGGGAAAAGGACGAACUUAUCGAACGCCUCAGGCAAAUCGAAGAGCAGACGCUAAAAGCCCAGAAAGAGUUAGAAGAACAAACACGUAGAGCCUUGGAACUGGAUCAAGAGAAAAAAAGAGCGAAAGAAGAAGCCGAGCGUCUGGAGAAGGAACGACAAGCUGCAGAGGAAGCAAAAGCUGCCCUGGCAAAGCAAGCUGCCGACCAGAUGAAAAACCAAGAGCAGCUGGCCGCUGAACUUGCAGAGUUUACAGCCAAGAUUGCCUUACUUGAAGAAGCAAAGAAGAAAAAGGAAGAGGAGGCUUCUGAAUGGCAACACAGAGCAUUUUCUGCUCAGGAAGAUCUGGAAAAGACCAAAGAAGAGCUAAAGACUGUAAUGUCCGCUCCUCCUCCUCCUCCUCCUCCUCCUCCUCCUCCUCCACCACCACUUUUUCCUCCUCCACCACUUUUUCCCCCUCCACCCCUCACCCCUACGGAGAAUGAACAUGACCAUGAUGAGCAGGAUGAGAAUAGUGCCGAGGCCAGUGCAGAACUAUCCUCUGAAGGGGUCAUGAACCACAGAAGCGAGGAAGAACGACUGACAGAGACACAGAAAAACGAGAGAGUAAAGAAGCAGCUGCAGGCAUUGAGUUCCGAGCUGGCUCAAGCAAGAGACGAAACCAAGAAAACCCAGAAUGACGUCCUCCAUGCUGAGAAUAUGAAGGCGGGACGAGACAAGUACAAGACGCUGCGCCAGAUAAGACAGGGCAACACAAAACAGCGUAUCGAUGAGUUUGAGUCAAUGUGAGACUCUUCCUGUGCUAUACAUUCUACAGUAUGCCCAACCAUCGAUGUAAGAAGCAGGCCUCUGCAGAAUUGCCAAAGCACUUGUACCAGUCUGACUGUGGAGGUUAGAUCUUAACCGAGUCCAUAAAAGAAGAAUAACGUUGCUUUAUCCCCUUCUCAUUUCCUCCUAUAAGAUCAUAUCAGAUUUUUGUUCAUGUACUUCUAUUUUUGUUUGGAAAGUAGGCAUCAACUACAAAAGAAAAAAAAAAAGACUUCUAAUUUCAAGCCCCAAAAUAUGACCUGGCUUGUUUUUAGACUGUCUACUUAGUGCAAGAUUUAUAGGGAUUGGAUAUUUAUUGUUUCUUCUCAUAAUUCACAAAGUUACAUUUGCAAGUAGGGAUUAUAAUUUGCCUCCUUUUCCUACUGAAAGCUUCACACCGUAGCAAUAAAACACUUUUUAGGUUCAUUGUAUCAGUCCUGAAGCAGUGAGCAGCAUAUUACUACCUCACUUAUACACAACGACUGGUCCUUCACCUCGUAAUAAUAGAUUUCAUUCACUCAUUUAUCAACACUGGACAAAUUUGCCCAUGGGCAGCAACCAAUCAAAUUGCGGCUUUCAUUGGUUCUACUUGCAGCUGGCUUUAAAAAGCUAAUCACUGAUUGGUUGCUAUAGGUAACUGCCCAUAGGCUAAUUUGCCCAGUGUUGAUAAAUAAGCCCCACUAUGUCCAACCUUCAUUAAACUACAAUUCCCAGCAUCCACCUGACAGCUUGAAGGUUGGACUCUCUAGAGUUUGAGGGAAUAUUUUGUAUUACAUUUACAUUUUUUGUUCAAUGUUAUUUUAGUGCUUAUCACUGUUUAACUGCCUCUAUAUCUGUUUGUAAGUAGCCACAGGUAUAUUAUUUUAUAGACAAAUGAUAAAAAUAUAAAUUGUAACCUAAAAGAACUCCCAGCACUAUACCAGCAGUUAUAUUUACCCCGUUUCUCUUUAUACCAUUGCGGUUACAAUCCUGAAGACAUUUUUUUUGUUACCUCGUUCAUUAUAAUCGUUAAUUAUACUUUUUUUUUUCCAGUAAUGAAAGUAUAAUCUUACCAAUGGGAAUCAUAUCUGUACUAGAAACAAUGUAUGGACAUUUUUGUCAUUUAGAAUGUUUUUUUUUUCCCUCAUAAAUCCCAAUUAAAAUGCAAUAUAUAUUA